AUGAAAGGAUAUAUCAGCUCCUUGGUAGCUGUCAUCAUCAGGUUAACACAUGUCCUGGAAUGUGUUCAUUUGCUUAACCUAAGCAACAGUGAUAUAAAGAGGAUUCCAGAUUGUAUUCUUCCCUCUUCGCUUUGGAGACUCAAUGCAGCUGAUUGUGGAUCACUCAAAAGCGUCAGUUUCUCCUUCUAUGAAAAUUACUGUGUGCAAUCGGAGAAAGAAGCGAUAAGAGUAUCUUCCUUUUUCAACCAUCCAACUAGAGAAGUCUUGUUCCGUAACUGUACGAAGCUAGAUGAAGAAGCAAGAAGAUUACUCAUACAAGGAUGGGAUUUCAUGAAAGUAGUGUUACCAGGUAAAGAAAUACCUGGAGAGUUCACUCACAUAGCCAAAGGACACUCCAUAACCAUCUCUUCAGGGAUUCUCUCUGCAUCCUCAAGUUUCAAAGCUUGCAUCCUGCUUUCACCGGCCCUACCGAUCAAGACUGUUAACCGUAUACAUAUAAUACAUUGUCGUCUAAGAAGCAAAGGUCUCCUUAUCAAUGAACUUAGGUUUUCCGAACAUUAUCGGCCACCAUGUCCUCAAUUUCUAACAGAACAGCUGUUUGUAUUUUCUGGGCGCCUGUUUAAAGAAUACCUGGAUGAUGCGACUACGAGCGAGAUUCAAUUUGAAGUCAGCUGCCGGGAUAUUGACAAGAUUGUUGAGUGCGGUGUACAGAUCUUUAGUAGUAAUAGCAGCCGCAAAUGCAAGGAGCACAAUGAUGGAGUUAUUUUAGGUCUUUAA